UGCUCCAUGUGCUCGUUUGUUCGUAUUUGCCUACUUAUACUGGAACGGUCAGCGCCAGAGUUCGAAUAUGGCAUCUCUACUCCUACUUGCUCCUACUUGGAACCCCUACCCGACACCAUCUGAUUCAUAACAUAACCUUAAUAUAAUGUCAGCAUUUUUUAAAGGCAGAGGAUUUCAACAGUUCUUGCCGUUUAUGAUUCUUGUCAUAGGAGGAUCGUUUCUAUUGCGUGAAUUUGCAGAGAUAAGGUAUAAAUAUAAAAAAGUUAUGUCAUACGAUAUGAAGAAAGAGGUUGAAAAGGCGGGUAUAAAAGUCAAUCAAUCUCUUACUCUAGAAGAAGAAUACGAAAACCUUAAAAACAAACUCGAUAUUGAUAACUGGCAGAACGUUCAAAUACCAAAGCCAUGGGAUGAAACAGAAGGUUCAAGAAAUUGAGAUUUUUUUGAAAAUAAUUUCUAAUUUAUAGCAAAAAUAAGUAAUGUUUAUUACAUUUGAAUGCAUGUAUAUAUUAUGUACAAAAAAUUAUACUAAUCAAUAACAAUACUUAGAGAAACAUUUCGGAGUAUUUUAGUCAAAAUAAUCAAAAAUUAUCUUGAUUUGUAUUUGUACACAUUAAACUUUUGUAAAUAAAUUAUAUUCUUGUUUUAUACAA